AACAAAGCAACUCAUCAUACUUGGUGCGCGCACCCUUGCCAAGCUUACGCGAUUGUUCAGCUCGCUGACCAAAACCCAAUCGUAGCAAUAUGUCGCUUCUCGGAGCCAAUCGCGUUCAAUUCGAUCCUCGCGUAUACAUACGUGAUGGUCCAGGAUCUUAACGGAGGUGACGAUACUGAUGCAUCGUUUUAUGCCGGUCUCUUGGUCUCAGCUUAUGCCGUCGCCGAAGCUUUAACCGCCAUUGGCUGGGGUGCUCUCUCCGACCGGUAUGGAAGAAAGCCGGUGGUUUUAUUCGGACUCGGUGGCGUCGCAAUAUCGAGUCUUAUCUUCGGACUUGCGACCGAGUACUGGGUUGCGUUACUGGCCAGAUUUAUUGGCGGAGCUUUGAAUGGCAAUGUUGCUGUUAUGCAAACGAUGGUAGCCGAAAUGGUCAAGAUACCAGAACAUGAACCAGUGGCUUAUGCUUCGCAACCUUUCGUUUGGACUCUAGGUGGUAUUAUCGGUUCCGCCAUGGGUGGAUUCUUAGCUCAACCAGCAAUAUUCUAUCCGUCGAUAUUUCCCGCUGAUGGUAUCUUUGGGAGAUACCCAUACCUCCUACCGAAUCUCGUGUCGGUCGUUGCCAUUAUCUUAGCUAUCAUACAGGGUAUUCUCUUCCUCGAAGAGACAAAUCCACGGGGUGGGAAAGCGACCGAUGACAGUCUUUUCGAAGAUGAUGAUACUAUUGAUGAGCGCACUCCACUACAUGGUUCUAAGAACCGGAGGUCGUCUAUCAGAAGUCACUCGAUAGCAGCGAGCGACAGGCCGGUGUUUAUUGAAGAGAGUCUUCCGGUACCGGUCGAGCAGAACUUUGAUCUGAGGAGAUCGUCAUUCGGUACCGCCCGAUCAAUCAGACUGCCACCAGCUCCCCCGAAACAAGAAGAGAAAUUUACAGGGCGGACAUUUAACUUUACCAUCAUCAUGAUAACCAUCUCGUUGGUCCUAGUUUCAUACCAUCAAAUGGCUUUCAACACACUUUUACCCACCCACCUUUUGGAUAAGCCAGCAGCAGGCCCCGGCGAGAUCGAUUUAAUUGGCGGUUUAGGAUACACAGUCCACGAUGUGGGUGUCUAUCUAUCCGUGAACGGAAUUCUCGGAUUAUUCAUCCAAGGAAUCAUUUUCCCCAUCUUUGUGGAUAAAGUCGGGGUUUGGAAGUCAUUCAUUAUUAAUGUUGUCUUCUACCCGCUCGCAUACAUGAUUAUGCCCUUCCUAUCCGUUAUACCGGAAGCCCUUGUGUCUCCUGGUAUUUACCUCUCGAUGAUCCUACAGAGCUUCUUCGGCAUCAUUGUUAUCCCGUGCGCACUCAUCUUAUUGAAAGAUGCCACACCGUCCCCACUGGUCCUCGGUAAGGUCAACGGAUUGGCUAUGUCUGCUUGCUGCUUAGCCCGUACUAUAUCGCCACCACUGGUUGGUAUCAUAUACAGUGCCGGCGGUUCCGCGGCUGCUUGGUUCAGCUGUGGUGGCGUUGCGAUUAUUGGGAUCGUGCAGCUGCUUUCGGUACCGAGGAAACAUUCCCCUAGUAUCGUGGGCGAUAAUGACAUAAAAGCGGGCAAGUCGAAGUCGGGCGCGCAGAACGAAGUAUUUCAAGAGAGCAUUGCCGUGAUGGAAUAAUCUACCCGGAAAACACCACAUUGACUGCAAAGAUACGCACAUAACCCUACCCUUAAUACUAAUAUUUUCUAGGUAUAAAGCCUGGAAUCUUGGAGGCACAACUAUCUUCCUCAUACUUAUUAUGAAAUCUCGGCGUUAGCAUAGACGGCGGGAAAUACUGCUAUAGACGAAGCGAUGAUACCACGAUCCUUAAUGCAUUAAUAGAUUGGAAUCCACUCGAGCACGUUUAGUGACUCUAAAGAAAUAAGGGCAUACAUAUGGUUCAGGUUUUAAAAAGAGGAACAGUAAAUAAUAAUGAUCUAGCAUGUUAGCAUUGAAUCUACGGUUGUUCAACACCGCCAAAUAAAAAUAAUAUUAAAAAAAAAA